CUAACCUCGGGAAUCGUGAGCAUAGGGUGGAUCAGGGAAGUGUCAUCCAAUGGGAGGUGCAGGAAAACAAUAUAAGUUGGCAGCGUUAACAUAUUUAACUUCUUAUUUUGCCUUUGAUGUUUUAGGAGAACAUUUUGCAUAGUGAAGGAGCUUGAUUAGGGCAGUGAUGUACAACAGCAGUUACUCUCAGGCCAACUUUGGCUUGGCUGCCAAGAAGAUGCACAAGUCGAAAGGCAAGAGCUGUGGUUACUACAUGAAGAUUGUCUUCUUUUUCUCCUCACUCAUCCAGUCUCUGAUCAUCGCAAGUCUGGUGCUCUUUCUGGUGUAUGGACAGCCCGAGCACACGGUGGAGGAGAAGAGGCUGCAAGAGUUGGACCAAAGCGUCAGCAAACUCACGAUGGAAAAUUUCAUUCUCCGUGGGAAGGAAAAGAACCUCACCAAAGUUCUGAACGUCACUCUCACUGCAAAGCUGAAAAAUGACAAACCUCUGGCUGAAUUACGCAGACUGGCGAACACCUCAUCUGCGGCAAUAAGGAGCAUGCAAACAACAAUGUCUCGAUGCGAGAUGGAAAAAAGAAUGGCUGCUCCCCGUGCAUGCCCUCCUACGUUCUGUCCAGAUUCAAGUGACAACAGACGUUUGCAAAGUAUGCUCCAGCAGUCAGAGGAAAUGCUAAAGCUGGUUAAAGCGAACUUUACUCAGAUGGUGGCUAAUGUGAGAACUGAGCUGGACAACUCUAACAAAGACAAGGAUGGAUAUCACUUGGAAACUAUUAGACUAAGGCGAGACAAGGCUUUCCUUGAAGAUGAGCUCGCCUUGUACCAAAAGAAGUGCAAAGAGGAUUUUGUCACUUCUUUACGAGGAAUCCCCGAUGUCACCAAAGAAUUCCUCAAACGAAUCGAUGACCUCUUCUCAAAACAUAUUUCUUUCCAGCUAACGUGUGAUAAACAAAAAAAUCAGCUUGAAGACAUUCGGGAAAACUGUAGCAGUCUUUCAAGAGAAGUCGAGAACAAGCUCCAUUUUUCUCGAUGCGAGAUGGAAAAAAGAAUGGCUGCUCCCCGUGCAUGCCCUCCUACGUUCUGUCCAGAUUCAAGUGACAACAGACGUUUGCAAAGUAUGCUCCAGCAGUCAGAGGAAAUGCUAAAGCUGGUUAAAGCGAACUUUACUCAGAUGGUGGCUAAUGUGAGAACUGAGCUGGACAACUCUAACAAAGACAAGGAUGGAUAUCACUUGGAAACUAUUAGACUAAGGCGAGACAAGGCUUUCCUUGAAGAUGAGCUCGCCUUGUACCAAAAGAAGUGCAAAGAGGAUUUUGUCACUUCUUUACGAGGAAUCCCCGAUGUCACCAAAGAAUUCCUCAAACGAAUCGAUGACCUCUUCUCAAAACAUAUUUCUUUCCAGCUAACGUGUGAUAAACAAAAAAAUCAGCUUGAAGACAUUCGGGAAAACUGUAGCAGUCUUUCAAGAGAAGUCGAGAACAAGCUCCAGUCAUAUCUGGACAUAGUGGGGAACCAGUUCACAAAAAUUAAUGGGGAAAAUGCCAAAUAUGUGAUAGACAACAUACGCCUGAAAGAGGACGCUACGUGGUGCAAUCAGAAUCGCAGUGCCAUGAUUCGCGAGAGUCGCAGAACUCUUGAGCAACUUCAGCUCAAGAAUGACCAAGACAGUGAAAAACUUCUGCUGGAGAACAGAAAACUAAAAGAUGAUAACAAACUAAAAGGCGAGCUCAUCUCUUUGAGAGAAAAAGAAAUUAAGACGCUCACAAACACCGUUGAGAAUCUCAAUACUUCACUUGCCAACUGUAAGCCGCCAAUGCGAACUAACCCAUUCAUGCCAAACCCCUUCGGUCUGCCAAACAUACCAAAUACAGGUGGGACCGGUAUGAGUUCUACAGGUCUGAGCAAACCAAACUUGCCAUGGACCGGGGCCGGCUCCACUGGAUCAGCAUUUCCCAGUCUUAAUGGUGUAGGAUCAAGCACAAGAUGGGGCAGCACAGGAACAGGUGUGACAGGGUCAUUAAAUACAGCUGUAGGGGGGACAGGGACUCUUUCAGGUGGACUGGGCAGCACAGGAUUAGGUGGGCCAGGAUCAACUAGAACAGGUCUAGCCCAGACAGGGACAAGUAGUUUGGGUGGAGUAGGACCAGGGUUGACAGGAUUUGGCAGUGCUGGAUCAAGCUCUACUGCGACUGGACAAAGUGGAACAGGGUUGACAUCAUUCAGUAGUGCAGGAUCAAGUGGAGUAGGGAUGGGAAAACCAGCGGUAGGAGGUGCAGGUGUUGGCUCACUCGGGUCUAACACACCUGGAUUUGGAGCAACUCUUGCGGGAACAAGAACACCAACGGGUGGGACUGACGUAAGCCAAGCACAGAUCAAUCUUCAUUUAAAGGAGCUGCAUCGUUAUUCACUCCCAAAUUGAGGGAGUGAACAAAGUCCUGGCAAAAAUCCCAGCCAGAACUGUCUAUAACGGUUUGAAAAUAGAAAACCUAAAUGUACUGACCCUGCAAAUCUGUGAUGUGAAUACUAAUUAUUAACAUGAAUAUUAAUGACAUUUUGUGGGAUGAAGUUGAUAAUGUCUUUUGUGCAUUAAAUUCAUUUAUGC